AUGCCCAAGUACGCCAAAGACCAGUCCGUCGACUUCAAAAACACCAUCGAAAGAGUCGCGAUUGUCGGCGCUGGAGGUACCAUUGGGUGGCAUAUUUCCAACGCCCUUUUACAGACCGGAAGGCACACAGUCACGGCCCUUUCUCGCAAAGGCAGCGCGAACAGACUCCCCCAGGGCGUCCUCGUCGCCUCAAUCAACUACAAUGAUGAGGCCAGCAUGGUGGCCGCCCUCAACGGUCAGCAAUUUUUGAUCAUAACCAUGGCCCCUACCGCUCCCCGGGACUCCCACAGCAAGCUUGUCCAGGCGGCCGCCAAGGCCGGUAUUCCCUAUAUCAUGCCGAACGGAGACGAGAUUGAGAGGCUCGGGAUGCAGUGGAUCACAGUGUGUUGUGGGUUCUGGUACGAUUACAGUUUAGCGGGCGGGGAUUCGCGCUUUGGCUUCGAUUUUGACAAGCGUUCCUUGACAAUCUAUGACGAUGGUAACACCAAGAACUCGACGUCGACGUUAUCGCAGGUUGGGCGCGCUGUGGCCAAGGUCCUGAGUCUUAAUGAGCUUCCCCAGGACGAAAACGAUAACAGCCUGACUUUGUCCACGUUCCUCAACCAGGGCGUGUACAUUACGAGCUUUGUGGUCAGCCAAAACGACAUGUUUGAGAGCGUCAAGCGUGUCACUGGCACCACUGACGCCGACUGGACGAUUACCCACGUGGAUACCAAGAAGCGAUACGAGGAUGGUCUGGCGCAGGUGAAAGUGGGUAAUAUGGCUGGCUUUAGCAAGAUGCUGUACGCCAGGGCGUUUUACCCAGAUGAUCCCAGUGAUCUCUCAGCCAAGGCGCAGAAUGAGCUGCUUGGGCUGCCGGACGAGAACCUGGAUGAGUCUACCAAGGUUGGGAUAGAUUUGGUCAAGGAGUUGCAGCGUCGUGUCGAGCGCAUGGCUGCCUAG